CGUAGUUUCAAAUAAACAAUUGACUUACUUCCUGACUCCUUCACAACUUGACGCAACUGACUCAUCAACAUGACUGACAAAGCCACAUCCAUCACAGACCUUCCACUCGACAUUCUCGUUCUAGUAUUCCCAUACCUGGACGCGAAGUGCUUCCUUUCACUCUGCAGCACAUGCAAAGCUUUCCAACAACCCUCGAUCCGACUUGACCCAGCAUACUGGAGUUUCGCUACUCGCAGUGCUUUCCGUGUACCCAACCAGCCAGUCGUCCAGCACGAUGGCGUACGGUGGCAGAAGCUAUAUCGACGCAUGCUAACUCAGACUCAUGUCUUUACCUGGGGUAACAAUGGUCACAGUCGUCUGGGUCAUGGCUAUGGGGAGUCGGCACCCGGAGGUCCCUUGCUUUUACCUAGACGGCCUGGCCGGAUGAGGUUUGGAGGCAGAGCCAACUGCGCAUUCCCUACCGAAAUGGAAGAUACUCGACACCUGGGCGUUAUUGCAGACAUGCAGUGUGGUGGCUGGUCCACAACGCUUCUCACUGCAAACGGUACACUCCACACGGCCGGUGUUCUUGACGGUCAAGUAACUCUAGCUUCGCACGACCGCAUAUCGCCUCUCGGAUUUCCCGCCGGUUACCCUUCUACGGCCACCGAAUCUCGAUAUUACGAGCCUUCUGUUGCCAUUCGUCAGUUCUCAGCGGGAAGAUCACACAUACUCGGACUCUCAGACAAUGGAAAGAUUUGGUCAUGGUACCACGCCAAAAAGGCGGCAUUGCAAGUCAAAUUUGCUCACGUAGACUUACGGGAACAAGCUACAGAGGGGUCCUCGGCGAAGCAAGCUUCGGCCUUCGGACACGUCGAGCAAGUUAUGGCUGGGUGGAGCCGUAGCUCUGCCUAUGUUCAGGGUAUAGGCAUUGUGGUCUGGGAUGUAGUCGAACGAGGGACGAAUGACGGUGACACCGAUACCAUGCUUGUACUUGCAAAUGCCGAAGUACCGAAGACAAGCUAUCGACGACCAAAGGGAAAAGAGCGAGAGAGUGAAGAACAGAGGGCUCUUGGCGAAGAAGUUGGGGCCGUCCUCAACUAUAUCAUCCUCGAGCACUUUGUUGUCUUUACUACUGACGCCGGCAAAGUGUUUUGUGGACUCUUCCGCGAUCAGAACAUAGUCGAUGACAUACUUGAGCUACGCGAUCUGCGAAGCGCAAACGGCACACCUGUAGACGUGCAGGGCUCCUUUCGACGCUUCGCAGUCUUCAAGAACGGCGAAGUCAUCACCGCCAACCAAGACUACCUGCAUCAAUGUUGGAACGCCCGAGGUACAGAUUCGACAUCUGGAGGUCUUUACAAGAUUCCAGCUUUGCAACACAACGACGUGAUUUCUGUCGCGUUCGGUGACUACCAUUAUCUCGCACUUCACUCCAACGGCAAAAUUACUUCUUACGGUACCGAACUACAAGCUUGCGGCGCGCUUGGCCUUGGAGAAGAAGGCCCCCAAGGAAAGGCUCGAGGCAUUGUUUACGACCGCUUCAAUCGCGAUGGGCGCCUUCUACCUCACGCAUACACGUACGGUCGCCAAGUAUGGUUCGACUCGAGAAAAAAAGAUUGGAUCCAACAACUUAUCCAGAACGCCCCAAAUGAAAACGAGGAAGCGAGACAGCGAAAUGAUCUUUUCGAGGAAGAAGCGAAUGUCCAAGGAGAGGUGAGCGAAUGGAUCGAGCAAGAAGGUCGCGAGUGGGAUAAGGAUACUGGUGAAGAUGGUCUCGGCGCAUACUUCGCCCUGAGAGUCAGUGCUGCAGGAUGGCAUUCUGGUGCUCUGGUGUUGGUGAAUGAAGAGCUGGCGAAGAAGGAGCCGUCGUACUCAUACGAGGGCAAGUCUUUCCCGCGACUACGGCUCAGUGAUGGCAACGAGAUGCCUGGUUCUGGGGAGCUGGAUGUUUGGAGGCACGGGCAGCCUGAAUGGCAGCUCGAUGCUGUAUCUUGAACAUGACUAGAGUCCUACACGCAGUGACAGCAAGCCAAAGCAAGAAUACACAAGUUAGGACAACGCCAUUCAACUAAUCCC